AUGCCCAAUUUAAAAUGCGAAGGCCACGAGGAAGCAGGCACAAAAAUGGCGCUUUUCCUGUGUCAACUUAAAGAAGAAAAAGAAGUAGUGAUCAAAUGCUCUGACACGGAUAUCCUCGUCAUCGUCCUUGCAAACAUGGAAAAACUACCAGCGUCACUGAAGGUUUGGACAUUAUUUGGCGUCGGAAACAAUCGUCGUUACAUUAACAUGAAUAAAGUGUGUGACGUACUGGGAAGCAAAAAAUGCUCAGGCUUACCGGCUUUCCAUGCCUUAACCGGGUGCGAUUUCAACCCUGCAUUUUACCGCAAGGGAAAAAGGAAACCGUGGGAACUGUAUUCUGCCAAGGAAGAUUUCCAAGAAGCUUUCAUCGCAUUGCAAAGCCCAGAUAGCGACAAUUACGAAAGUGCAUUUACCACGCUGGAGGACUUUGUCUGCAAAAUGUACGCAACAGCGGAAAAUGGCCUCAGAAAAUGCUCUAAUGUAGACGAGGCUCGUCUACGAAUAUUUACGCAAACAUAUACAAACAAAAUAGAGCCCACAGACGAGUUCAAGCAAAAGUUGAUGAAUUUCGAUGCUUGCAUAUUACCACCUUGUAAACGUGAACUCCAACAACAACUUCUUCGAGCAGCGUACAUUGGACAUAUGUGGAAAAAUUCUUUUUCUCCAGUGCCCAACGAUUCAUUGAAUGUAGAGGAAUUCGGCUGGAAACUGGAAAAUAAAAGCUAUUCCUUCCGGUGGUUCGAGGGUGAUGACAUUCCUCCUAAUGUAUAG